AUGAUGUUCCAACAGACCGUUUUUGGCCUUGCUGCCGCUGCCCUGAUGGCGCUGAUCCAUCCCACGGCUGCCUUCACCACUGCCUGCGAGUACCAGGAAUACAAGUGUGGUCAAACUCUUUUUACUUCCGAUGGCUACAACAUCACUGAAUUUGAGACUGCCGUUAAUGCCACCGGCACGAUUCCGCCCCUGGCUGACAGCCAGCUGCUCAACGUGCUCUAUCGCUGCAUCGACGUUGAGGGUGGUCUGGUUGGCAACUCGUAUUGCAUUUCUGGCUGCAUCACCAUGGGCGAUCUUGAGAACGAUCAGUGCGCCAUGUAA